AUGGCUGUAGAAAUUGUCGCGAACCACAGGGCUUUUUGCGCCUUGACUGCUCGAGGAGCAGCUGUUUGCUGGGGAGAUCCUGAGUUUGGUCCUGACCAGAAGAAAGCUCAACACCAGCUUGUUGACGGUAUCGUCCAUAUCUGCCCGUCGGCAGCUGCUUUCGCUGCGCUGAAGAACACGGGUUCCGUGGUGACAUUUGGGCACCCCUCCUGGGGAGGCGACAGCCGGCCGGUGCGAGAUCAACUGGCAUGCGGUGUGGUGAAGAUUGCCGCAACGGAUUCAGCAUUUGCUGCCAUCAAGGAAGACGGCUCUGUAGUGGUUUGGGGGAACCCGAACUGUGGAGGAGAUGCGAGCUCGGUAAUGCAUAAGCUGCUGCGCAACGUGGAGCACAUCUGGGGUAACGAGCGUGCCUUUGUGGCCAUCAAGAAAGACGGCUCGAUCGUCACGUGGGGUGACCGGGAAUCUGGAGGCGACUCCAGCUCUGUGCAGGAGGACUUCUCGGAGAUCGGCGCGGCUCGUGUUGUGAAGGUGUUUUCGAACGAGUGCGCCUUUGCAGCGUUGCGAGCAGAUGGCUCUGUCAUUACCUGGGGCGAUCCGGACGGUGGUGGGGACAGUUCGAAUGUAUCCGAGUUUUUGGAGGCAGGCGUCAAGGACAUCUGCUCGACAGAUGACGCGUUUGCGGCUCUUCGCGACAAUGGCCAGGUCGUCACAUGGGGAGAUGAUGCUUCAGGUGGCGGAAGCAGCGCCGUUCGUCAACAGCUCCGUAGCGGAGUGAAGCAACUAUGCAGCACGAGAGGCUCAAUAGCUGCUCUCAAAGAAGACGGCACAGUGGUUUGCUGGGGGAACCCUCAAUCUGGUGGAAACUCAGCAUCUGUGGCAGGGCUUCGCGCAGUCAAGGAGCUUUGCGCAACAAGGGCCGCAUUCGCGGCAUUGAAGGAGGAUGGAAGCGUGCAUGCCUGGGGAGACGAAAAACAUGGGGCUGAUACAACAGCGACUGAAAGCAUCCUCUCUUCUGGUGUUACGAAGCUGUUCGGCAAUAAUGUCUCUUUCGCUGCCAUCAAAAGGAACGGUGGUAUUGUCUCUUGGGGCGACCCUGCACGCGGUCCACCCUUGGUGCAUCCCAGAGUGCCGGAUGCCCAAGGAAUCUACGGGACGAAAUUCGCCUUUGCCCUGUUGUGCCAAGACGGGGAUGUCAUCACAUGGGGUGACCCAUCUUGUGGUGGAGACAGUUCUGCUAUUGAUGCACAGCUCAAAGAACAUGCCAAAGCCGUGCAGCUACAGCCUUGA